CCGGCAUGCGGAUCUCAUUUUGUGAGUCCCAGGCACCUGUGACUCCAAUUGCAAUGCUCACGCAGGCUGACGUGGUUUGCAGGUACAUGGACCAAACUGUUCAGGAACAAGGCACGCAUGAUGAACUGAUGUCGAAAGGGGGAGAGUAUGCUCGUAUGUGGAAUCUGCAAGCGAACGCUUUCACUUAACUACCAGAUACCGAGACACACAUUGUACGAUAACCCGGACUACUUAUAAGCAUCUAUACACCACAGCUAUGCAAUAGUAUAGCCUGGACAUACUACGGAAAGCAGUAGCAGAUCGCGAGAAAACAACAGAAAUGAUGAUGAUAUAAAUCA